AUGCAAUUAUUCUUACAAUCAAAAUUUGUAUCAGCUAAGUCCAGAGGUUCAUACUGUAUUGGUUCAUCAUUCGAUCAGCGAUCUUGUAUAUCAAGAACAGCCUGCAUUGGAACACCAAUUAACGGAAGAUGGACAUCAUGGUCUGAAUGGUCACAAUGCUCUGAUCCUUAUGGUCAUCGGUCCCGAAUGAGAUUUUGUUCAAAUCCUCGUCCAUCAGAAGGUGACUUUCAGCGCGUUGGCUCAGAUUUUGAAAUAACGUCAUGCGAUGAUAUUUCCCGUUUAUUUCAUUCUCAAGAUAGAACGUGGACUGAAUAG